AUGACGACAUAUCACAUCCAGCCUGUCAAUAAUCGAGUUCAGGGUCGUCUAGCCCUCGUAACGGGCGCAAGGUAUUACCCCUCCCUCUCCAUGCAGUCAUGUGGCCCUGGCUGCCGAGGGCUGCGACGUAGCUUUGCACUAUUCUUCGAGUCAACCACCCCCGACAUGCAGGAGAAGGCCCAGACUCUGGCCUCUGAACUUCAGGCUUCGUUUCCAGAGCAGCGAUUCUUCUGUGUUGCUGCAGACCUGUCUAACCGUGAUGCUACGAGAGCGCUAGUUCCCAAUGUGUUGAACCAUGGUGAAGUGGCUGGAAGACAUUCUGCGGUGUCCAUCCUUGUUGCCAAUGCUGGCGUCGGAAAACGUAUCCGCGAUAUCCAGAAUAUCGAGGAGGAUAACUGGGACGAAGUCAUGGAGGUAAACGCUCGGAGCCAGUUUGUGGUCACCAAGGCUUGUCUCCCAGGUAUGCGCUCCCAAGGCUGGGGUCGCGUUAUCCUUGUUGGAAGCAUUGCUAGUCGAGGAGGUGGUAUCAAUGGAUGCCACUAUGCAGCUACCAAGGGAGCUCUCAGCUCGAUGGGCUUGAAUCUCGCCACGGUACUUGCUCCAGAGGGAGUGACCGUCAACAUCGUUCUUCCCGCCUUGAUUGGAUCCACGGGCAUGAUACCAACUCCCAAGUCACAGACAUGGGAGAAAAACGCUGAUCUUGAGGCGCUGAGAGAGGAGGAUCCAGGGUUGGCCAUCGCAGCUAGUAUCCCCGUACACCGUCUAGGAGUGCCAGAAGAGGUCGCAAACGUCGUUACAAUGAUGGCAAAGACGGGAUAUAUGACGGGACAGGAGAUUUUGCUGGCUGGAGGACUGAGGUAG